AACUGGCCAGACACACUAUAAAUUCACCCUACCCUUCAUAUGAACUUCAGAAACCUUGGAGACACCCAGACCAGCAGUGUUCCUACCUGCACAGAACAAGGUUUAGAAUAAUGGAAGCUUUGAAUAAAGCAAACACAAGCUUUGCUCUUGACUUUUUCAAACAUAAGUGUCAGGAAGAUGGUGACAAAAAUAUUUUGUUCUCCCCUUUGAAUAUUUCAUCUGCCCUGGCUACUGUUUACUUGGGAGCCAAAGGUAACACUGCAGAUCAGAUGGCAAAGGUACUUCACUUUAAGAAAGCUGAAGGAACCAGAAAUGUCUCCACAACCAUAAAAAUGCAAGUCUAUUCCAGAACAGAAGAGCAUGUAUCAAAUCGAUAUUCUUGUUUCCAGAAGACAGAAAUUGGCCACUUGGAUAAUAUUCAUACUGGGUUUAAAGCACUCAACUUUGAAAUCAACCAACCCACUAAAAAUUAUCUGCUUAAAAGUGUCAGCCAGUUAUACGGAGAAAAAUCGUGGCCUUUCAGUAAGGAAUACUUACAGUUAGCCAAGAAAUACCACGAUGCAGAGCCACAAUCAGCUGACUUUGUGGGAGCAGCAGACGAAAUCAGAAGAGAGAUCAAUUCCGAGGUCGAACACCAGACAGAAGGUAAAAUCCAAAAUCUGCUGCCUCCUGGAUCCGUAGAUUCACUCACCAGGCUAGUCCUGAUAAAUGCACUGUACUUCAAAGGAAACUGGGCAACAAAGUUCAAAUCUGAAGCUACAAGGCAAAGGCCGUUUAGAAUAAACACGCAUACAACUAAACCAGUGCCCAUGAUGUACCUGAGUGAUAAAUUUAACUGGACCUACAUAGAAUCAGUCCAGACUGAUGUUCUUGAGCUUCCAUACAUCAAUAAUGACCUCAGCAUGUUUAUCCUGCUACCAAGCGACAUCACCAGCCUACAAAAGCUAGAAAGAGAAUUGACUUUUGAAAACUUGUCUGCAUGGACCAGCCUGGAAUUAAUGGAGAAAAUGAAAAUGGAGGUUUAUCUGCCCAGGUUCACAUUAGAAGAGAAAUAUGACCUCAAACCUACUUUGAUCACAAUGGGGAUACAAGAUGCUUUCAGUGAAGGUCAAGCUGAUUUCACAGGAAUGUCAGAGAAUGGUGACCUGUUUUUGUCACAAGUUUUUCACAAGUGUUAUCUGGAAGUCAACGAAGAGGGCACAGAGGCAGUAGCUGCCAGUUCAGCAGCACUGGCAUCACGAAGUCUUGGUGCUACUAUUAUUUUUGUGGCAGAUCACCCUUUCCUCUUCUUUAUCAGACACAACAAGACCAAGAGUAUCCUCUUCUUGGGGAGAUUCUCUUCCCCAUAG